GAGACAAUCAAAGCCUUCAAUAACGAGAUGUGGAGGGGACUGGUCUAGAGAGGAGCCAGGAAAACCUGCGUAAAAGAAGAAGGGAUAAUCCAUUUUGGAUCCCUAACUAAAUACUGGAAUUUCAGCUCUUCAAGAUUCAGUGCGUUUUGGAGACGAAGAGAAGAAUUGCCUCUGUGAUUGAUUUCUAAUUCCAGUGUAUGUUCAUAAUUCCUUUCUCUACCAAAUUUCACUUCGAAAACGAAGAGGAUUGAUUGAAUUUCGUACUUGCAAUCUCUGCUUUUCCUUUCAUUUUUGUUCGUUCUGAAAAAUCCUGAAUUCUACCAAGUUUUUUAGACGAUUGAAGAAGAGAUACUAGAUCUUAGAAUACGUUAUUGAUUAAUUUGAUUUCAGAGUUUUGGUUCUGGUUUUAAAUGCUAAGAAAGAAGGAGGAUUUUGGGAGCGAUUACUGUGAAGAAUUAGGGUUUUAGUUUACUGAGUUUCAAUGGCGACUCUGCUGAAUACAGUGUCUCCAAUUACAAAUCCAUCUCCAGAAACCACAAGAAGAGGAUAUGGUUUCUUCUCCCAUAUCCCAAAUCUUCACAAGCUUUCACUUAGCAAGGGAUUUUCUAAAGUUUUAGCAUCGACGCAGGUUACCAUUUCUCCUAAGGACACCAUUUUCACACUGCCAAACUGGAGGAUUGGGAAGGGCGAUCAAAAGAAUAGAGAACAUAGACUUAAUGAUGCUUUUUUGAAUUUAGAGUACUUGGUAGGGAAGGGCCAAAAGCCCGAUGUGUUUCAAGCGACUCAGCUUUUGUAUGAUCUUUGCAAGGCCAGUAAGCUUAGAAGAGCUAUUAAGGUAAUGGAGAUGAUGAUUGGCUCUGGAAUCAUUCCAGAUGCUUCUUCUUAUACCUUUUUGGUAAGUUCUUUGUGUAAAAGAGGGAAUGUUGGUUAUGCAAUGCAAUUAGUGGACAAAAUGGAGGAAUAUGGUUAUCCUACGAACACUGUUACUUAUAAUUCUCUUGUGAGAGGUCUUUGUAUGCAUGGGAAUUUGACUCACAGCUUGCAACUUUUAGACAGAUUAAUCCAGAAGGGGCUUGUCCCAAAUGCAUAUACAUACUCUUUUUUGCUUGAAGCUGCAUACAAGGAACGAGGAGCGGAUGAAGCUGUUAAGCUUUUGGAUGAGAUCAUUGCCAAGGGUGGGAAGCCUAAUUUGGUUAGCUACAAUGUUUUAUUAACUGGGUUGUGUAAAGAAGGUAGGACAGAUGAUGCCAUCCAGUUAUUUAGAGAAUUGCCUUCAAAGGGAUUCAAUCCAAAUGUUGUCAGUUAUAAUAUCUUGCUAAGGAGUCUAUGCUAUGAAGGGAGAUGGGAGGAGGCAAAUGUGCUUCUAGCUGAAAUGGACGGUGAUGAUCGUGCCCCUUCGGCUGUCACUUACAAUACAUUGAUUGGUUCGCUUGCCUUUCAUGGCCGAACGGAACAUGCCCUUGAGGUUUUGGAAGAGAUGAUUAGAGCACGGUUCAAGCCCACGGCUUCAAGUUACAACCCGAUAAUUGCUCGUCUUUGUAGAGAUAAGAAAGUAGAUCUUGUUGUGAAAUGUUUGGACCAAAUGAUCUAUAGGCAUUGUAAUCCCAAUGAAGGAACUUACAAUGCCAUUGCUACACUUUGUGAAGUGGGAAUGGUUCAAGAGGCAUUCUCCAUCCUCCAAAGUUUGGGCAACAAGCAACAUUACUCUACUCAAGAAUUCUAUAAAUCUGUUAUUACGAGCUUGUGUCGAAAGGGAAACACAUAUUCAGCAUUCCAACUUCUCUAUGAAAUGACGAAGUACGGGUUUACUCCCGAUUCUUUUGCCUAUUCGUCUUUGAUCCGGGGGUUAUGCAUGGAGGGCAUGCUUGAUGAGGCAAUUGAAAUAUUCAGUGUAAUGGAGGAAAAUAACUAUAAGCCUGAUACUGAAAAUUACAAUUCUCUCAUUUUUGGUUGUUGCAAAUCUCGAAGAACCGAUUUGGCCUUGGAGGUUUUUGAAUCAAUGGUCAAUAAAGGUUACCUGCCCAAUGAAACAACAUAUACCACGCUCGUGGAAGGGAUCGUCCACGAGAAACAGACAGAUCUAGCAACCAAAGUACUGAGGGAGUUGCAACUCAAGGAUGUUAUAAGUCAAAGCACAGUGGAAAGACUUGUUAUGCAGUAUGACCUAAAUGAAUUACCAUUGUGAUAGUUUCAGAUGACUUGCUAGAGCAACAACAAACAUUGCUGAAAGUUCAUCAACAAGACAACAAAGUACUUUCUGGUAUGACCCCCCCAAAAAAAUUCCACAUUUAUGAAAUGCAAUAUGUUCUUUCAGCUUUUUACUUUGUCUUAGAACUGGAAGCCUGUGAAUCUGUACAAGAUGAUACUGCUUUUUUUGAGUUGCAUAAUUUUCAACUGAUUACAUGUUUUUGUUGAUUA